GGGAGAGUGGGAGGAAGAAGGGAGCAGGAUGACUAGACCUUUGCUUCGACGAGCUGGGCUCGGACAAUUCCUCCUGCUGUGGCUGCUGCUGGCCCCGGAGCCCGUUCCCAGGGCGGAGGCUCAGAGGACGUGGCGCUCUCCGCUGUGCCCCGCGGUCUGCGAGCCAAUGCGCUGUCCCCCGCUGCCCACCUGCUCCGCGGGGACGGUGACGGACAGCUGCGGCUGCUGCCGCGUGUGCGCCGCGGCCGAGGGCGAGGUCUGCGGCGGGGCGCUCGGCCGGCCUUGUGCCCCGGGGCUGCAGUGCGGGGCUCCAUUCAGCCCCCAGCGCCUGGGUGGCACCCGGUUGGGCACCUGCGGCUGCCCGGCGACAGGGGCGGCUGUGUGCGGCAGCGACGGGCGCACCUACCCCAGCCUGUGCGCGCUCCGUGCUGAGAACCGCGCGGCGCGCCGCCGCGGGGCACUCCCGGCGCUGCCGGUGCAGAAGGGGGACUGUCGGGAUCCAGGAACCAGAAGCGCAGGCUGGCUCAGGAGCAAGUACAACUUCAUCGCAGAGGUGGUUGAGAAGGUGGCGCCAUCAGUGGUUCACUUGCUGCUGUUUCACAGGUCCCCUCUCAGCCGGGAGGACAUUCCUGCAUCCAGUGGCUCUGGGUUCAUAGUGUCUGAGGAUGGGCUCAUUGUUACCAACGCCCAUGUCCUCACCAACCGGCAGCGAAUCCAGGCGGAGCUCCAGAGCGGGGCCCAGUAUAAAGCCACUGUCAAGGACAUUGACCACAAACUGGAUCUCGCGCUGAUUAAGAUUGAGCCAAAUACUGACCUUCCUGUAUUGCUGCUGGGAAGGUCAUCUGAUCUGCGGGCUGGAGAGUUCGUGGUGGCCUUGGGCAGCCCGUUUUCUCUGCAGAACACAGUAACUGCAGGAAUUGUCAGCACAACACAGCGAGAGGGAAAAGAACUAGGGCUGAAGGAUUCAGACAUGGACUAUAUCCAGACCGAUGCCAUAAUUAAUCACGGGAAUUCUGGGGGCCCUCUGGUGAACUUGGAUGGUGAUGUGAUUGGCAUAAAUACACUGAAGGUGACCGCAGGGAUCUCCUUUGCAAUUCCCUCGGAUCGCAUUCGACAGUUCUUGGCUGAUUUCCAUGAGCGCCAGCUGAAAGGAAAGACUCUGUCGCAGAAGAAAUAUCUGGGUCUGCGAAUGCUGCCCCUCACUUUGAACCUUCUUCAGGAAAUGAAAAGGCAAGAUCCAAACUUCCCUGCUGUGAGUUCCGGGGUCUUUGUAUAUGAGGUGAUUCAAGGAACCGCUGCAGAAAGCUCUGGGCUGAGAGACCACGAUGUAAUUGUCAGCAUAAAUGGGCAUCCUGUUACCACCACGAACGACGUUGUUGAAGCUGUUAAGGACAAUGAUUCCCUUUCCGUCACAGUUCGUCGGGGAAGUCGUGCUUUGAUCCUGACAGUCACACCUGAAAUAAUCGAUUAAGUAUCUUGCUACAAAGAGAAAUUAUCUAACAAAACCAAGGCUGUAUUACCUGGUUUGUAUUGAAGACGUGCCAAAGAUGGCGAGCGGAUUUAGCAUCUCAUUCUUAUACAGGACAAUGAACGCUUAAACACAGAUACACGUUCAGGGACCAUCGGGUUGGGGCUGGUACUGCUGCUAAGAGGCCUUACUGAGCCAGUGGAAGAAUGUGGUGCCAGGAAGUCUGGGAAGCUGAUAACAUUUUAUUUAAAGAUAGGAACAGCGGAAAAACAGCCAGUUUCUAAUUUAACCUUGACAGAAAGACACUUAGUAUUUUAAAACUCUAUAGCCACAAACUGGAUAUCAUACACAUACACACACAGGUGGUGGUCCCACGAGGUAUCCAGACCUGCCUCCUAGGUCUGGCUGUUUGGGCUGAAGUCUGGGCAUCCCCUGCAGUGCCUGGCCCUCCCUGGGCAGGCAGGUGCCUCCUCUUCUAAAAGCAGUGCACUGCACACUGCAGGAGUCCCAGGGCCCUGUCCUCCUGUCCGCUCACCAGCCUGGAAGAAGCUGAGUCCUAACUGCAGGAACCAGCUGGGAAGCUGGAGACCUAAUUCUCCAAAGGAGAGGAGUUUCCAGAACUCUGCAGAGGGACCCUAGGUCCUCCCACAGUACACCUUGGCCACUGGGAUCCGUGCCCCACCACUCUAGCCUUGUCCCCGGCUGUCAUACUCCAGUCUUCAGAGCAGCUGGCCCCUGUUGAAAUAGGUGAUGGUAGGACGGACAGUGGGAGCCAGGUGCUCCUUCUCUUUUUGUCUUGCUGGACCCAGAGGGAGCCCAGGCAGUGGUGAGGUACCACCUUUCUGUAAAGCUCCGGGGAAGCAGGGGCGUGUCACCAGGCCCUGUCACGCCCAGGAGCUCAGCAUCCACAGUCACCCUCUUCCCCAGUCCCAGAGAGGGUCCCCAGUCAGAGCUGGAGUCAGGAAGCUGGAGAACACACACACACACAAACUGAUCUAUCUACCAAUUAUUAAAAAACAACCUGAAUCCAGCAGUGCAAAGGAAAGAACACUUUUUAUUAAUAUUCCCUUAUGCAAUCAGUUUCUCAGGUUGUAUCAUAUUUGGACAGGGUUUAUAGAUACAGAGGAUAAAUACCAUGUAUAAGUCAAAUUGAAACUGACAAUUGUGGAUUGUCACAGAAGUUAUUACUCUAGCAGUGGAAACAACUUCGAUCUCCAACAGCUUUUCUGACCGCAAGAAGGGCUUUUAUAAAAUAGAUACUUCAAUAAAUUAUAGCCCUGACUUUUUACCCAUGAUCUUCCUCCUGGCAACAUAAAUGAUUUGAGUCUGAAAGCUGCCCAAGUGUCUUUUUUUUUUUU